UCCCUUGUGACUCCGCAGCCAUGUUCGGCUAGAGCAAGGCGUCCAGGCUCCGCAGCAGAUGUGUUGCUCCAUAACUGAUAACGCUGGAUAUAAAUUUGUUGCUUGCACACAUUCAGGGAGUGAAUUUCUUUCGGACAAACCUAAACGCUGUGUUUGUGUUUCGAAGGUGAAGAGGCGGAAGGAGAUCUGGUCUGGACGUCAUGGCCUCUCGCAAGAAGGUGCUGCUUAAGGUGAUCAUCCUUGGUGAUUCUGGGGUUGGAAAGACUUCUUUAAUGAACCAGUAUGUUAAUAACAAGUUCAGCAACCAAUAUAAGGCCACGAUCGGCGCCGACUUUUUGACCAAAGAGGUGAUGGUGGACGACAGGCUGGUCACCAUGCAGAUUUGGGACACAGCCGGACAGGAGCGUUUUCAGUCUCUGGGCGUGGCGUUCUACAGGGGCGCCGACUGCUGCGUGCUGGUCUACGACGUCACAUCUCCAAACACCUUUAAGACUCUGGACAGCUGGAGGGACGAGUUCCUGAUCCAAGCUAGCCCUCGCGACCCUGAGAACUUCCCCUUCGUCGUGCUCGGAAACAAGAUCGACUUGGAGAACAGACAGGUUACUACAAAGCGAGCUCAGGCAUGGUGUCAAAGCAAGAACAACAUCCCUUAUUUUGAGACCAGUGCCAAAGAAGCGAUCAACGUGGACCAGGCUUUCCAAACCAUUGCUCGCAAUGCACUUAAACAGGAGACUGAGGUGGAGCCAUACGAUUUUCCCGACCAGAUCAAGCUACGAGAUGACAGACCUGUCACCUCGAACGAUGGCUGCAGCUGCUGAGGGAGGAAAAAAAAAAAAAAAAGCUGAUGGCAAGGAGGGAAAGAGAUGACCGUGAUCUAGCAGAGACCGAACAACAACAACAAAAAAAAAACAAAAAAACAAAAACAAGCCCACCCUUGCCAUGAUUGUCAUCUCUUCUUCCUCCAAGACCUCCAGGGUUCGAAAUACCAUGUGACAGCGUCCCUUUCUUUCCAAGUCCCAUGCAGCACAUGGCAUCACGAAGCUACUUAGAGGAAAAGGGAGAGAGCAACUUCUUUCCUGCAGCAUAGCGAUCCUUUUAAAAACUCCAUCUCUCAGUAUCACUACUCUGUCAAAGACUGUCACUACACCCUCUUUUCCUUAAGCAGUUGUUUUUCUUUCAAAUCAUUGUGCCUUUGGUUCUGCAUCAUUCCACGUGUCUUAUGUAUUUCUAUGCUGAUCAUGCAUUCCCUACUGUAUAAAGUCCACCAGUGAUAAAGACGUCCAACCUGCCUGUAUUUGCAUGUCAUGAAUAUAUGAACAACUGAUCAUUCAUAAAAGGCAAUCGAGGACUAUAUACUGUCAUAACUAGAACGUUUGCUUGACCAUGAGGUUGCUUAAUGCACCAGGUGUGGUGCGAAUGGUGUUAACUAACAAAAUCCUGGCCACGCACAAUCACAUCAUAGUACACAACCACAUUCAUUUACACCAUUUAGGACAUUUCACAUUUACUUACAUUUAGAGUCAGUGCUUUAAACUUUGUCGUAGUCACCAUCAGGCUAUCUGGUACAUUUAGUUUAGGAAAACAGACAUGGAAGUGAGUCACAAGAGAGGAAAAGCAGAAGCACAGAACUUUACCCGCAUCCAAGUCUUUUCAUUCAUUGCUUCUCAUUUCAUGUCUUCAUCUUUGUACAUUUACAUAUUGUACUUGUAUUAAUAUAUAUAUAUAUAUAUAUAUAUACAUACCUUAUAUCAGAGAAUUUGUUUUAUAUUCCAGGAUGAAUAUGGUUUAAACAGUUUGAAAUUGAAAAAGAAGAGUAGUCUUUGGCAAAAUGUGCCAUUGGAACUUGGUAGUGUAUAUUCUAAGCCAAAUAGACAAAUAAAGAUUACAUUUACAACCAAA